CUGAUUUGUUUUCAAAGUGAUUUGAUUUUAUAAUUUAAAGUCGAUAUUAGAUAGCAUGUUAAGUACUAGAAAGUCAAUUAAUAGGCUAAGUGUUGGAGUUUUACGUGCUAGAUCAUUAGCUACUCAAGCUAAUUAUGUUGCACCUCAAGAUUAUCAAUCUAGAACUCCACCUUAUGAAAAAUUACUUAAUAAUUUAUCAACUGUUAAAAAAAUUGUUAAUAAUCAACCAUUAACUUUAGCUGAAAAGAUUUUAUAUUCUCAUUUAGUUAAUCCUGAAGAAAGUUUUGCUUCAAGUCAAGGUAAUAUAGCUAAUAUUAGAGGUUUACAAUAUUUAAAAUUAAAUCCUGAUAGAGUUGCUAUGCAAGAUGCAUCUGCUCAAAUGGCACUUUUACAAUUUAUGACUUGUGGUAUGUCCUCAACUGCUGUUCCAGCUUCAAUUCAUUGUGAUCAUUUAAUUGUUGGUAAAGAUGGAGCUGAAGAUGAUUUAGUUAAAUCAAUUGCAACUAAUAAAGAAGUAUUUGAUUUCUUACAAAGUUGUGGUGAAAAAUAUGGUAUACAAUUUUGGGGUCCAGGUUCAGGUAUUAUUCAUCAAAUUGUAUUAGAAAAUUUUUCUGUACCUGGAUUAAUGAUGUUAGGUACUGAUUCUCAUACUCCAAAUGCUGGUGGUUUAGGUGCUAUUGCUAUUGGUGUAGGUGGUGCUGAUGCUGUAGAUGCUUUAACUGGUACUCCAUGGGAAUUAAAGGCUCCAAAAGUUUUGGGAGUUAAAUUAACUGGUAAAUUAUCUGGAUGGUCAUCUCCAAAAGAUGUUAUAACCAAAUUAGCUGGAGUAUUAACUGUUAGAGGUGGUACUGGAUAUAUUGUUGAAUAUUUUGGAGAAGGUGUUGAAACUUUAUCUUGUACUGGUAUGGCUACUAUUUGUAAUAUGGGAGCUGAAAUUGGUGCUACAACUUCAACUUUCCCAUAUCAAGAUGCUCAUAGAAGAUAUUUAAUUGAAACUGGUAGAGGACCAAUUGCAAAUAUUGUAGAUCAAGUUCAUAAAGAUACAAAUUUCCUUGCCGCUGAUAAAGGUGCUGAAUAUGAUAAAGUCAUUGAAAUUAAUCUUUCAGAUUUAGAACCUCAUGUUAAUGGACCAUUUACUCCUGAUUUAUCAACUCCAAUUUCUAAAUUUAGUGAAAAGACUCAACAAGAAGGUUGGCCAGAAAAGAUUUCCGCUGGUUUAAUUGGUUCUUGUACUAAUUCUUCUUAUCAAGAUAUGUCUCGUGCAGUUUCUAUUAUUAAACAAGCUGAAGCUGUUGGCUUAAAACCAAAAAUUCCAUUUUUUGUUACACCAGGUUCAGAACAAAUUAGAGCUACUAUUGAAAGAGAUGGAUUAAUUAAUACUUUUGAAAAGAAUGGAGCUAUAGUUUUAGCCAAUGCAUGUGGUCCAUGUAUUGGACAAUGGGAUAGAACUGAUAUUCCAAAGACUUCAAGUGAAACUAAUUCUAUUUUCACCUCAUUUAAUAGAAACUUUAGAGCUAGAAAUGAUGGUAAUAGAAAUACUAUGAAUUUCUUAACAUCUCCUGAUAUUGUUACUGCUAUGAUUUAUUCUGGUGAUUCUAAUUAUAAUCCAAUAACUGAUUCUAUUAAAUUAGAAAAUGGACAAGAAUUUAAAUUUCAACCACCUCAAGGUGAUGAAUUACCAAAUGAAGGAUUUAUUAAAGGUAGAGAAGAAUUUUAUCCUGAACCAAAUCCUCAACCAAAACCUCAAGUUGAAGUUAAUGUAUCACCAGAAUCUGAUAGGUUACAAUUAUUAGAUCCAUUUGAACCAUGGUCAGGUGACGAAUUAUCUACUAAUGUUUUAUUAAAAGUUGAAGGUAAAUGUACAACUGAUCAUAUUUCAGCAGCUGGAGCCUGGUUAAAAUAUAAAGGUCAUUUAGAAAAUAUUUCAUAUAAUACAUUAAUUGGAGCUAUAAAUCAAGAAACUGGUGAAGUUAAUAAAGCUUAUGAUUUAAAUGGUGAUCAAUAUAGUAUUCCUGAAUUAAUGAUUAAAUGGAAAGAAGAAAGUAGACCAUGGAUAGUUAUAGCUGAACAUAAUUAUGGUGAAGGAUCUGCUAGAGAACAUGCAGCUUUAUCACCAAGAUUUCUUGGAGGUUCAAUAAUAUUAGUUAAAUCAUUUGCAAGAAUUCAUGAAACUAAUUUAAAGAAACAAGGUAUGUUACCUUUAACAUUUGCUAAUGAAGAAGAUUAUGAUAAAAUUUCAUCAGGUGAUUUAAUUACAACUAUUGAUUUACAAGAUUUAAUUAAAAAAGAUGGUAAUAAUGGUGGAUCAUUACGGGUUAAUGUCACUAAAAAGGAUGGAACUAGUUUUGAAAUCUUAACUAAACAUACCAUGUCAAAGGAUCAAAUUGAAUUCUUUAAGGCUGGUUCUGCCAUUAAUUAUAUUGGUAAUCUUAAGAAACAACAAGGUUAAUACUAGCAUUUAAUUUCAAACUUUGUAAAUUAGAUAGAUAUUUGUAUUUGUAUAUAAUUAUUCCUGUAAUACAGAUAAACAUAAAUGGAAAAU